AGCGCGCAGCAGUCGGGUUGUGUCUGUUGUGGCGAGGAUUGGGACUGUUGACUAUCUCAUCCAUGGAGAUUGUACAGUGGGCUUGUACGUACCCGCCUGCUAUAAACAUCUGAUCGUACACUGUUCAAUAAGAAGCCAUUUAUAAACUUUCUGAUGUUACUGUAUGUCGAAAAAUUCCACAUGCCGUUCUACUGAGUGCAGGAGGUACAUUUAGAAAAAUGGCAGAUGAACUGGAAAUCUUUCUUGAGGAACAAAAGGCUAAAUUUGCCCGUGACAAAGCCAUCCAGGAGCAGGACCCACCUUAUAUGGAAAUAAGGACCAAGGCCGACCCAGUUUACAACUCAAGGAUCAAAGAAAAUAUUCCUCCAAGCAAGUGGCCCUCACCACAGAAUUCGCAUAAUAACAAUGUCAAAGAGGAGAACUGUGGCUUGAGUUUGCCGCUUGGAUAUGAGUAUGAGAGGAAAAAGCACAAACUGAAGCAGGAACUGCGACAGGAUUACAGGCGCUAUAUGGCUCAGGAAGUAGCUCGAGAUGAAAGAAAGAAAAAUGAAAUCAUCACAGGUGGGGCAGACCCAAACACUCAGGGGCUUUCACUGCCCAUUGGAGAGAGAAGAUCUGCAAAGGAUAGAUUACGAAGCGAGAGAAACAAGGAGUAUAAUCAGUUUCUUAGGGGACAAGAGGAAAAUGCUUUGAAGAGAGAAACAAGGAGUACUAUACAGUACCGCUGGGACAGAAAUGAGGAGCCUCCUGUCUCUAGCAGAGUCUUGCCUGAACUGUACCCAGAGGUUCAGCCAACGCCACGAGACAGGGCACUCACCCCUCCUCCCAGGAGAGAUGCUGCCACCCUCACAGAAUCCCAGGUCUUGUUAAAGGCAAGGAGGCAAGAGGAGGGCAGGGCAUGGCUGGAGGAAGAGAGGAGACCUCGACUCGCCAGGCUAGACUACGAUUCUGAACUCGAUGAGCGGAAAUACCACCGCGAUGCCGAAGACGCCGAAGCACUAGAGAGCCAUGAAAGAAGGCACCCACGGCAGAGCGAGGAACCUGGAUUCACAGAGAAAAGACAGCGCAGAGGGAACCACAAAUCAGAAAGGGACAUGCCAAGACGGAGGGACAGAAGACUUGAUGAAUAUGAGGAUUACCAAGAAAUUGACUAUUACGCCCACAGACAGAAAAAUGAAAAUCGGCCUUAUAGAGAGAGAAAGGACCGAGAUGCUCCCCUGAACUAUGAAGAUGACUACCGGGAAAUGCCAAGCAGGAGACCGCUCUCAGCUGCAGGAAAAGCCAAGCCUCAAAUGCUGACUUCAUCUUACAGGCCUAAUGAGAGAUCAAAAUCGGCAGCCAAUACAGAGGAUGGUGUGUUUGCUACAGGAUUGAUGAUUGGAGGAGCAGACAGAGAUCUUGCACAGCAGAAGAGAAAAGAGAAAUACAGACAAGAGCUGCAGGAACAGAUGGCAGAGCAGCAAAGGAAUAAGAAACGGGAAAAAGAACUGGGGCUCAGAGUUGCAGCUUCUGGAGCAGUCGAUCCAGAGAAACAGCCUGAUAGAAUCAAACAGUUUGGGGCAAUAACUCGGGAAUAUGACAACAAAACAAGAGAUGUGCCAUAUCGAUCAGGGGUGGGUCUUGGUGAGUUUGGGUCUGAACCAAUAAGGAGGCCUCAUGAAGAAAGACCCCCUCCUGUUGCUGAAGAGAGACGCCCACCCGAGAGACCCAGAGUAGCGUUCCAGGCUCCUCCCAUUGACUACACUCGGGCUUUGGGUAUCUUAGCAGCUGGAGAUGCAGCAGGGAUGGGAGGUGCUGGUAGAAGUGAGGGUGUACCCCUCAAUGAGGAGUUCCACAGAGGGCUGUCCAGUACCCUUGGAGAAAUUGUUGCCCCCAGGAUUACAAGUGUGCCUCCACCCCUGCCUCCUACACUGACCGAUAAUUACAGAACCCCGUAUGAUGAUGCCUAUUACUACUACGGGGCUCGGAAUCCUUUAGACCCCAGACUGGCCUACUAUGGACCCGGAGCAAUGGGUGUGCAGUCUGUACCCUUUGUAAACCCUCACACUGGACCAACCCUGCAGAACUAUCCUGGAAUGCAGUCAUCAGGAGCAACAGGGUCAAACACCACUACUGGUACAAACAAUAAUAGGGUUGGGAUGAUUCCUGGAGAGAAACCAAAUCAAUCAAAGGAGGCUAUGCAAAAUUAUCAGGAGGCACUAAAUCAGCAGAUGCAAGAAAGGCGGGAGCAGAAGAGGAGGGAUAAAGAAGAAAGGGAACGAUACGAUGCUAAGAUUGAGGCCGAGAUGAAGAACUACGAUCCCUGGGGCAAGGGUGGAGGAGGGGCACCUCUCAAGGACCACCAGGGAAAUCUCAUCACUGAUCUGAACAGAAUGCAUAAAUUCAAUGAAGACGCAUAUGUGAACCCUGAAACAAAAGCACUGCAAGAGAAAAGGUCUUUGCUGUCUCUAAACAGGAACUUAGAGACUCCAAGGGAUGAUACCGGAGCCCCUCCUUCGCACAAGGUUUCAGGAUUUGCGUUCUCCAACUCGUCCCCCUUUGCCCGAGGAACUCUAUUUGGUGAUGUUCCUACACCUCAGCAACUACAUGAGCAAGAUAAAUACAAAGACUACCUCCGCAUGCAGAUUGAGGAAAAGCGCCGCAAGGAAGUGGAGGAACGGCAGAAGCUGCGAAUGGAAGAAGAGAAGGAGGAGAGACGGCUUGCUGAGCAAAGGGCAAAAAUCCAGCAGGAAUACGAGGAGGAACUGCAGAAGAAGAAACGCAAAGAGGAGGAGCAAAAGUCAAAGAAUGAAGAACAGAUACGUCAAGCACAAGAGCGCCGUAAACAAGAGGAGCAGAAAGAGAAGGAAGAGAAAUGGAAUGAUGAAAUGCGGCAGCAGUACGAGAGAGAGCGGCAGGCUAGAUUAGAAGAGCUCCCACGACAGCCGUCUCCUCCCAUCCCGACAAUACAGAAGAAGCUGGCCUCCCAGACCCCGAGACCUCCCUCCGUGGACAGCCGCCACUCUGUGGCUUUCUCAGAUCGUCCACAAUCAGGGGCCCAGUCUCCACCUGUUCCAGCCAGGAGAAACCAGCUGCGAGCAGCAGAGGACAAGAAGGACGUGAUAGGUGAGCUGUCGGCUCUGAGGAAACAGCUCCGCAGCGAGCAGCGCCGACUGGAGGGACAGCUUCUCAAAAACAUGGACCGGGAGGAGCUGGACACACCCCUCUCUGGCAGGCGAAGAGACAGAAGUCAGGUGGAUGUUUUUGACAUGGCCAGGCUCCGGAUGCAGGCCCCUGUUAGGAGACCGUCCUCCAAAGAAGUGGACCCAGUAAACCCCCAGAACAUUCGGGAUUUCAAUCAAUUGAAAUACAGAGAAAGUGAAACCCGCGAGGAGGUGAGGCAGGCUUACCCAGACCCGCCGAACGACGACCACAGCUUGGAGAUCCAGCAGCAGGCACUGCUCCGUGAACAGCAGAGGAGAAUAAACAGCAUGAGGAAAAGAGGAGAUGAUCAUGUCUUUCCUAUUCCACGUAUAAACCCACAAAACCUCCUGCUGCAAAGGGACCAUUCUGAAGAAGUAUUGAGAGGAUCAUUACUGGAAUCGGAGAGUGCUUUCAUUGGAACCAAUGGAGAGACCUACCCACUGCUGGAAGACCCUGAGCCAAGACAGCUUUCUGCAAGAGAGCGGAGGAGACAGAUGAAAAAAUUAGACUUUGAAAUUGACAGUGUACUUCCCAGGGAACCCCAAGCACACCCAGACAGCUACUCUCUCAACUCCCUGACCAGUUUGAAUGUUGAUCAGGUCAGGGCUAGGAAUGAGCACAGGAUGAAACGGCUAGAGGAUCUGCACUAUCCCAGUAGGAAUAUAGGAGAAAAUAUUUCUGUGGAAGAUCCAGAUGACCUCCUAGACCAGUUUUCCUCUAAAGACAAAGAGAGGCCGUACUCUGUGGAUACGGUAGCCACAGAACUCUGGCUCAGACCGGGGACCUCUGAAACACUAAAGCGCUUUAUGGCUGGUCAGAUGCGACGAGAGAGACCUCCAUCAGCAAAUUCAUUGGCCUUGAACUGGCAGGGCCCUUCAACAUCACACGGAUGAGUUCUUUGUGAGCAAAGUUAACCAUGCCUUUUCCACCAGGGGAAAAAUAUAUCACAUGCACUUUCCUGUACCAGAAAUAUAAUGUAUUCUGAGUCUGCAUAAGGUUGAUUUCGUGCACUGUAUGUGGACUUCAGUACUUUGCUGGGUCUUUAUCAGAAUUGUUUAAUAAUUUAUGCCGCAUGACAAAAUGCAGUUCUCUAAAACGAAUGUAUGCGUCAGGAUUUAAAAUAUGCUUCUUUUUUUUUUAAAAUUGAUUUUAAGAAAACAUUUGUUUGCUACCUCACUCUAUUAAAAUAUUCAGCCCUUAUUUCCAAUGAGGUGGUGGGAUUAAAACCUGUUAAAUCAAACCAGGCUAUCUACAAAAAAAAAAAAAAAUCUGUUUUUAAUCUGUUAAAUUACAUGGUUUUUGAUAAAUAUAACAAUAUGCUUCUGCUGUCUUCCUGCAUAUCUCCUUGUAAAUAAGAUACUAACAUAGACCUUUCUUAGCAAUGUAUGUCUAAAUAUAUUCUGUGUAAUGUAGACACAGGAGGUGACUAGAAUGAAGCAUACUUCUUUUAGGCCUGUAUGCAGUAAAGGGUUAAGAGCAACAUGAAUGAUUUAUACCUUCCAAAAUCCAUUACACUGCACCUGUAUGCAAUUAGACAUACAUUGCCAGUAAAGGUCUAUGUUUGUCUCUUAUUUAGAAAGAGAUCUGCUGAAAGACAGCAAAAGCAUAUUGUUACAUUUAUCAAAAACCAUACAUGCUAUUUCAUUUAAUAAAUCAUCCCCCGUGUGUUGGUAAAACUGCCUCAUAUAUAUUUAAGACUUCAUAAUAUGUCUUUAUCCAAGGCAACUUACAGGUGUUACAUAUGUCAAGAAGUCAUCUGAUAUACAGAUUUAAUACUGUAGGUUUUUUCAUAAGGAUUUAAAUUUGACAAUACUUUUGGGAGAAAAAAUGACAAAUGAAUAUCGUGGUAAUAGCAGCAGCACCUCAUCUGUUACAUAAAGCGAGUGUGGUUUCUAUGAAGCACUAUCUAUUGACUACUGUCUUACAGCCUUGUGCUGUCAAUACUAGGUUUUAUUACAGUUGGAUUAGUAGUUCUCAAUAUACAUCUAAAAAUGGCAACGGGACAUAUAUAGCAUGCACUAGCAAUUUUGCAUAGGCCGUGGUCAAGGUUACCCAACAAAUUCCUCAAAGGUUGUAUGUUGUACAGACCUGCACUGUUUCAAAGUCAAACCAACAAAUGGUCCCAGAGAUAUUUUGCAGUGGAUACACAUGGGGGAUGCUUUAAAUAUUAAAUAUGUACAGU